AUGGCGAAGAGUAAAAAACAAUCAGAUGUCGUUGAUUCAACGAAUUUCCCCAUUUUAGAACUAACAUCUUCAAAAACUCCCAUUUUCCAGUCUAUUCUACAUCCCGAACUCCCAAUAAUCAUAACGGGAUUCGGUACUGGUCAUAUCGUCUGUCACCGUUACAACCCAGCUGAGUUGCAAUUGGGUUUAAAUCGUAGACGUAAACUUGACGCUGCAGCAUUGGAUAACGACCCAAAGAGUAAGUCCAAAACAAAGAAAGGUACUUGUCUCUGGACUAGAUUAGACAUAGAUGUAGAGAAUGGUACUUUAAAAUCUGUCGAAACAGAGGACGAAGAACAACAAAUGGAGCAAAGCGAAGCCUUGGGCGUGGAGACACUUUGGAAGACCAGAAGGCAUAAAGGUAGUGUGCGUGCCAUUUGCUUUGAUGCGAAGGGUAGUUGUAUCUUUUCUAUUGGUACUGAUAACAUUUUGAAAAAGGCUGAUACUAUGACCGGUAAAGUUAUUAAAAAGGUGAACCUAAGUUCAUUAUUUGAGUCCGAGAAGAAGAAGAAUGACAAGUUUACCAAACUAUGCAUCUCUCAAACUCAUCCGUUUAUAUUGAUAGGUGACGAAUCUGGUGACGUUCAUGUGCUGAAUUCGAACAACUUGACUUUAACCAACACAGUCCAUUCAAUACAUUUUGGUGACUCUAUUAAUGAUAUUUUCCAUUUUGAUAAAAAGUCCGUAUACAAAUUCAUCUCCUUAGGCCAGACAACGUUAGCAUAUUUUGAUGUCCGUGACAAAGAUGCCAAACCAAACACAGCAGAAAACCAGGACGGCAAAAUCAUGGUUAGUGACGAUCAGGAAGAUGAAGUCCUUUGCGGUUGUUUCGUUGAUCCCGAAGAGGCAGAUACGCUUCUAUGCGGGAUGGGCGAAGGUAUCGUCACCGUUUGGAAACCAAAUAAGAAUGACUUGGUAGAUCAAAUGAGUCGUAUAAAAAUCAGUAAGGAUGAAAGUAUUGAUUGCAUUGUUCCUACUUUGCAAGAUGAUAAUUGUGUCUGGUGUGGUUGUUCCAAUGGUAACAUUUAUAAGCUGAAUGCCAAAUUGGGGAAAGUUGUUGAAGUGAGAAAUCAUAACAGCCUUGACGAGGUCAAUUUCUUGGAUUUAGAUUGCGAAUACCGUGUUGUUUCUGGUGGCUUAGAAAACAUCAAGAUUUGGGAAUUGUCAAAUGAUGACAAAAAGGAAGAGGAAUCUUUAGAGUCCGAUGAGGAUCUUGCCAGUUCAGAUGAAAACGACAGUGAUAGUAACAGCGAAGAUGACAGCUCCGAAGAAAGUUCUAGUGAAACUGAAGUCACGCUUGUCGGACUAUCGAAAGAAGAGUUAUUGGAUGAGCUGGACAAAGACUUGAACCAACAAGAAGAGUUUGCAGAAGAAAAGGAGUCUAAUCAAAAGAGCAAUAAAAAGAGAAAAUUGAUGAAAGAAAACAGUAGAAAAAAGGAACUUUACGAACAUGGAAUAAAAAAAUUUGAUGAUCUGUAA